AUGCAUUCACUCGCACAGGAGAUCAAGUCCUUCUCCAAGACCAAUCUGAGAAAGCAAUGUACCAGGGUGACCACGCUGAGCGGCAAAAGAAUUAUCGAGACAUGGAAAGGCUCUACAGUGCAUGUGGUCGAGGACCCGCUUCCAUCCGGAGCGUCGUGUGGUUACGUGCCGGACAACAGCUGGGACCUUCAAGUCGGAGUGGUCAGGCCAUACCUGCUGCUAGCUUCACAAGAUGCUGCCCAGGAUUUUGGCACAUUAAGGAAAUUUAAGGUUUCACACAUAUUGAAUGUUGCGUAUGGUGUUGAAAACGCUUUCCCUGACUUGUUUAUUCAUAAAACAUUGAGCAUCUUGGACCUCCCGGACACGGUCAUCACUUCCUAUUUCCAGGAGUGUUCUCAGUUCAUAGACCAAGCCAAGAAAGAGAAAGGUGUCGUCCUGGUGCACUGCAAUGCCGGAGUCUCCCGUUCUGCCGCGGUUGUCAUCGGAUACCUGAUGUGCAGGGAGGGCCUGACCUUCGAUGACGCCUUCACCUUGGUGAAAAAGGCGCGACCCGUCAUUUGCCCAAACCCGGGCUUUCUGGAACAACUGAAAGGCUACAGACCACAGGGGGACCCACAGCUGAAUGGUGUCGUGCACCCUUGA